UCAAAACUUCAAACCCCAUCCCAUCACACCCCCGCAUAAAGCCCUAGCUUCAUCCUCCCCCAUUUCAUCCAGUUUUCCACCGCACUCUCCCAGAAAAACCCAUCCAUAUUUUCUCUGUCCUUCCUCACCGCCGCCAUGGGAAGAGUUAUCAGAGCUCAACGUAAGGGAGCAGGGUCCGUCUUCAAGGCCCACGUCCACCACCGCAAAGGAGCCGCCAAGUUCAGAACCCUCGACUUCGGCGAGCGCAACGGUUACCUGAAAGGAGUCAUCACCGAGGUCAUCCAUGACCCAGGUCGUGGUGCUCCCCUUGCUCGCGUCACUUUCCGACACCCAUUCAGGUACAAGCAUCAGAAGGAGCUGUUUGUUGCUGCUGAGGGUAUGUACACUGGUCAGUUUAUCUAUUGUGGGAAGAAGGCUAAUCUUAUGGUAGGAAAUGUUCUUCCGUUGAGAUCUAUUCCUGAAGGAGCUGUCGUUUGUAAUGUUGAACAUCAUGUUGGUGAUCGUGGUGUUCUUGCUCGUGCUUCUGGAGAUUACGCCAUUGUUAUCUCUCACAACCCUGAUAAUGAUACCUCUAGGAUCAAGCUCCCAUCCGGUUCCAAGAAGAUUGUCCCAAGUGGUUGCCGUGCUAUGAUCGGUCAAGUUGCCGGUGGAGGACGUACCGAGAAGCCAAUGCUCAAAGCAGGAAACGCGUACCACAAGUACAGAGUGAAGAGAAACUGCUGGCCUAAGGUUCGUGGUGUUGCUAUGAAUCCCGUUGAGCAUCCCCACGGAGGAGGUAACCACCAGCAUAUUGGUCACGCUAGUACCGUUCGCAGAGAUGCACCACCAGGGCAGAAGGUCGGUCUUAUUGCUGCCAGGAGAACUGGUCGUCUUCGUGGACAAGCUGCUGCUAAUGUUUCAAAGAGUGACAAGGCUUAAGUUAUUUAUCAUCAUUUUGAUGUUUUCAAUUUUGUUAUUUGAACAAGUUGAUAGUACUUAUUUUGAAGACUGAGUUUUGUUAGACAGAGUUUAUGUUAUGGUAAUGGUAGUAAUUUCUAAAAAUUAUCCAGA